AACACACACUCCGCGGUCGACCUGAUCAGGGGAAGUGGUACAAACCGAACUACGAAGAUACGUUAUUAUAUGAGAUCGGACUAGUUCACGACCUACUGUCGCCAGAGACGUUAGCAUCCUGUUACAGUUGACAGAUUGACUCCACCGCAGAUAAAACCUAUUGCUGCAUCCUCGCUGAGGACUCAGGCUGAGAUAGGAACCAGUGCUCUACUCAAGGGAUGUAUGGUCUAAAUCUCGGGAGGUCUUCUAACGAAGGGAAUAUGACUGCUCUGACAGUAGAUACGGUACAUACGUAUACGCUAGACAAUGCUAAAAUACAUCACACAGAUAGAUAUGAACUUGUCCACAACGACCCUUCAACUCCAAUCCUUAGAAGAGGACAACCCUUCUUCAUGGCGGUUCGCUUCAAGGACGGAAGAGUCUACCGGGACUUUACUGACGAUAUCAAGUUUGUCUUCAACUAUGGAAUAAAACCAGACCCUCUUCAAGGAACCAAAGGCGUGGUAUCGUUGUCUAAGAGGGAGAUUUACACUGGGGACAAAACCAGGUGGGAUGUGAUUGUUAAAGGAUCUGAUGGUGACACUCUCACGGUUGAGGUUAAAAGUCCGGUAAACGCUCCUGUGGGAGCUUGGAAUCUUGAGAUCCUCACAAGUCUGCAAUCUUCCCAGCCAGGAGACACAAUUACGUACAAACAUCCCGAGACUAUCUUCAUCCUCUUCAAUCCUUGGCUCCAGAGUGACACGGUGUACAUGGCAGAGGAGAAUCUAUUGGACGAGUACGUGCUGAACGACGUGGGCAAGAUUUGGGUGGGUCCGAUGGCUAACACGCGAGGCAGAGAAUGGGUGUUUGGCCAGUUUGAUGCUUUAGUUCUACCGGCAGCCAUGUUAGUUCUGGAGCGGACCGGACUGUCGGGGCUGGCACUGGGCGAUCCCAUCAAGGUCACUCGGGCGUUCUCUAAACUGGUUAACUGUAACGACGACCAGGGGGUGCUGCUGGGUCGAUGGGACGGGGAAUAUGACGAUGGUACCUCCCCUUCUGCAUGGACAGGCUCAGUGCCUAUUCUGGAAGAGUACCUCAACACAAAGUUAGAGGUCAAGUAUGGACAGUGCUGGGUGUUCGCAGGAGUUCUGACAACUUUGUGCAGAGCGCUCGGCAUCCCAUCCCGCGUCGUGUCUAACCUGGUGUCCGCCCACGACGCUAAUGACUCACUCACCGUCGACCGGUACUACUCCCCGGACAAUGAAGAGAUUCCGUACGAUCCACGCAACCCUGAGGGUGAAGACUCGAUCUGGAACUACCACGUGUGGAACGAUGUGUGGAUGGCCCGACCCGACCUUCCUUCAGGCUACGGUGGCUGGCAAGCGGUCGACGCCACUCCCCAGGAGACCAGUGAUGGAUAUUAUCAGUGCGGACCAGCCUCUGUGGAGGCGGUGAAGAAAGGAGUGGUAGGCCUCAAGUAUGACGUGGGUUUCAUGGUAUCAUCGGUCAAUGCUGACCUUGUGCGCUGGAAGGAGGAUCCAAACGCUCUUGAUGGAUAUUCCAAGAUAGACUGCAAUCGAUACCAUAUCGGGAGGAUGAUAUUAACUAAACACCCUUUUGUGUUUGACCCAAAUGGAGAUACCGACAAAGAAAAUAUUACCACCAUUUACAAGCCAUCCGAGGGGAGUAAGGACGAGAGAGCCGCUUUCUACCUGGCAGCUCAAGGAACACAUCGAGCUAAGCGAUUUCUGGACGUGCCGGACGCUGCCAGCUCUCCCGUCUCCUUCGAGCUGCAGGAGUUGGACAGGAUCAAUAUCGGGGAGAACUUCUCCGUUUCCAUUAAUAUAAAGAACGACAGUGAAGAAGUGAGAACCAUACAAGCCUCCCUUUCGGCCAGCAGUGUCUACUACAAUGGAGUGAAGGCCCACUUGAUCAAGAAAGCAUCUGGAGUCUUUAAAGUACAGCCAAAAUCUAGUGAGUUCCUGAAACUGACAGUGAAGGCGGACGAAUACCUGGAGAAACUUGUGGAGUACUGCAUCAUCAAGUUCUACACGAUCGCUACAGUCAUGGAGACUCGGCAGACUUGGGCUGGUGAAGACGAUUUUCAAGUCAUCAAGCCAACAGUGCAGAUCUUGGUAGAGCGUGAGUUGCCCUUGGGUCUCUCAGCCAGGCUGGCAUUUCAGAUCAAAAAUCCGCUCAAAAAGAAACUUACCAAAUGUAAGUUCUCCUACGAAGCGCCUGGCUUGAUCAAGAAGGCCCACAAUGUUCCUUAUAGGGACAUUGGACCAGAAGCCGAAGCAACUUGGGAGAUAAUGUUCACGCCGAUGUUUGCUGGCCCUCAUAAACUAGUCGCAACUUUCGAUUCCAAGGAGCUUACCGAUAUUACGGGCUCUGUAAGCGUUGAAGUGGUAGAUGGUUAGGAUUUGUCUGUUUAGCAUAAAGCUAUGUUUUUGCUUCUUUGUUAUUUUAUAAAUAAAUAUAGGUAGGAAUACUACAAAAACGUUUACGUAGUUAACGCUUAUUGCCCUUGAUUGAAAUAUUUGUGUUUUGUAAGAUGAUUAAUUAUUUUAAAUAUAACCUGUUUACAACUAAAGGGUGGUCCAACCAAAAUGCGCUAGGUAAAUUGUAAAUAAAACAAAGAGUUUUCAGAGAAUUAUCUUAAUAUAUUUUAUUAUGAUAUAAGGAUCUAUGCCAAAUUAUGUGUGAAACAAAAUAUCGGCCAAAUUUUCGCCCCGGCUUCGGUGGCAUACCUCUAUCCGAUGCUCCAUAUUUUGAAUGACUCUGAGACAUCAUUGAGGCUCAAUGUCGUUAAUAUGCCGAAUUAUCUCAUCCUUUAGCUCUUAAAUUGUUCUUGGCUUAUUGACGUACACUUUUUCUUUUAAAUAUCCCCAAAGAAAGAAGUUCAACGGUGUCAAAUCACAUGAUCGUGGCGGCCGAUUAACAUCGCCACGACGUGAGAUAACACGGCCAUUGAAUUUCUCGCGCAAAAGAGCCAUUGUUUCGUUGGACGUGUGUCAAGUGGCACCAUCCUGUUGGAACCACAUAUCGUCCAGGUCCCUAUCCUCAAUUUCUGGUUACAAGAAGUCCGUUAUCAUCUCACGAUAGCGAACACGAUUCACGGUAACUGCUUGGCCGACCUCAUUUUCGAAGAAGUACGGCUCGAUGACGCCGCCAGCCCAUAAACCGCACCAAACAGUCACUCUUUAUGGAUACAUCGGCUUUUCAACAAUCACUCGUGGAUUCUCAUUUGCCCAAAUGCGGCAAUUCUGCUUGUUUACGAAUCCACUGAGGUAAAAGUAUGCCUUGUCGCUGAAGAUAAUUUUCUUUGAAAAAUCACGAUUGACUUCUGUCUGUUCAACCAACCAUUCGGCAUAUUGAAGACGCUUGAAAUGGUCAGUAGGCUUCAGAUCUUGAGUUAAUUGAACCUUGUAAGCGUGUAAAUUUAAAUCUUUAUGCAAUAUUCGCAUUAGUGAUGUUCGUGAGAUGUUCAAUUGUUGCGCACGACGACGAGUCGAGGUUGACGGCUCUUCUGCCACACUAUCGAGAACAACACCAAUGUUUUCCGCAGAACGAACUGGGCGAGCACGCACAGGUGUUUUCACAUUUCCCACAGAUCCGGUUUGCUGAAAUUUGCGCACAAUUCUCCCGAUUGUAAACACAUUUGGUCGAUUAUGGUGACCAAAAAAAUCACGAAGUGCACGAAAUGCAUUUUGAUUUGAACUUCCAUGUUCGAAAAAUGCUUCAACAAUCUUAACGCGCUGCUCAAUGGUAUACCUCUCCAUGGUUGAAUUUGUUGAACACAGGAACAAAAAAUGUCAAAUUAAGUUGGGCAAAAUACUUGACGUUAAGGUGUGACUAACAAUUAUCAUCGUGCAUUAUGGAUGGACCACCCAUUAGUAUAGUGAUAAACGCAUUUAAAAAUUAUCAUAAUUUGGGCCAAAGAACUGAAUGGAAUUAUUUGUAUUAUUGGUAAAUAUAUAUUGAAAUCAAUUAUAGUUUUAAAUAAACCGAUACUGCUUAAACUAAA